CGAUUCGCCUGAUUGAGUUGAUUGCAGUCACAGCCACACACAAGGGCAAGGAGCGAGGCCAGCGAAGGUGAUGAGCGCGAUUGACGACGGCCAGGCACAGGUGCAUCGGACGUAGGCAUCAAGGGUCCAGCGCGCCGGCGAGUGGGCGGACUGCAGGCGGCUCUUUGCGUCCGAAACGACGGCACAGGCAAGAAAAAUGCUCCACCCAUGCAGCAUGUCGUAGCCGCAACCUCGUGUGAGCAGGGGCACACCGCAUUCCUCGCUCUCCUCGUCUCGGUCCGAUCGACAUAAGAGAGUCGCAUAGCUAGGCCAUCACUUUCUCCUCCUCACCAUCCGACCUUGCUCAUCUAUCAUUGCCGCCCAGCAUGGCACGCUUUGCCUCAUGUUGGUUCCUUCUUCUCGCAGCCUGCCUCGCAGCAUUCACCACCGUCCAAGCCGCUCCCUCGCCCUGGACUCAAGGCGAUCUUGCAGCAUCUAAACCCGUACAUAAGCGUGAAUUACUAGAGGGUCUCCUUUAUGCCAGAGCUGUUAAUGAUGAGCUCGUAGCGCGAGGCAAAGGUUCACUCAGCGAGGAGGAUGCCCGUGCCGUCUUUGAGCUUCACGUCGCAGCCACCCGCAAGCGAUCCAACCCCAAUGGCUCCUACGGACCUACCAAGCUCCCCUCCUGCCCUCCAGCACCUACCAAUCAGACUGGCGGCGGCAUCGGCUACCUGCGCAACGCCACGUCGCAAGAGAUCAACGCCCAGGAAGCCGACUACAUCCAGCGCCACCGCACCUCGAUGCAGUCGAGCUGGCGUAGCUGGCUUUCCUCUAACUCGCCUGGCCCCAACCUCAAUAGCAUCCCGGGCGGCGUCGAGAACUACACCAAUACCAUCAGCAAUCUUCCCCGUGUAGGCAUCGCCGUCAGCGGUGGUGGCUACCGUGCUAUGCUGUACGGCGCCGGUGUGGUGCAGGGCUGGGAUUCGCGCAAUGACACGGCCAACCAGCGAGGUACGGGCGGGAUCUUGCAGCGUGCAGACUACUUCUCCGGUCUCUCUGGCGGGUCAUGGCUCACAGGCGCCCUCGCCAUCAACGACUGGCCGACGACGCAAGCGCUCAAUGAUCAAGUCUUCGACUUGACGAAUAACCUCGUCCUGCCGAGCGAUGACACGAUUAGCUUCUAUGCCGACCUUGUCUCGGACGUCAAGGACAAGCGCGACGAGGACUUCCCGACCGCUAUCACCGACUAUUGGGGCCGCGCCCUUUCCUAUCACCUGCUGAACCAGACGAUGUACAACGAUGAGGGACAGGCGACGACGUGGAGCGACAUUGUCAAUGUGACCAACUUCAAGAACGCAGCCUACCCUUUCCCCAUCGUCAUCGCUGACCAGCGCGAACCCGGCGAGGUGCUCAUCUACCAGAAUGGGUCCAUCUUCGAGUUCACGCCUUACGAGUUCGGGACUUGGAACCGCGUGAAAGCCUUUGUUCCCAUCGAGGUUCUGGGCUCCAACAUCACCAAUGGCAAUAUCGAGCAGUGCGUCGAAGGCUACGACAACUUCGGGUGGACAGUCGGCACGUCCUCGACUCUUUUCAACGGCCUCUUCACGAGCUUGAUCCAGUCGGACGGCUCGUCAAUCAUCAAGGAUGCCAUCUUGAAGGUCGCUGGCGCCGUCGCCUCGCAGGACAACGACAUCAGCCAAGUCCCUAAUCCUUUCAUGGGCUUCGACAACGGCCAGAAUGAUGGCACCUCCUCGGCGCAAUACAUCAGUCUCGUCGACGGUGGCGAGGACAAUAACAACGUGCCUCUCCAACCGCUCUUCCAGCCUGCACGCCAGGUCGACUUCAUUCUCGCUCUUGACGCCAGCGCCGAUGCCACGUCCUGGCCCAACGGCUCCUCUCUGUAUCAGUCGCAUCUCCGAGCCACAUCAAACGGCGAUCUCUUCAAGGAAGCGGCUGUUCCCUACUUCCCUCCCCCAGCCACCUUUGUCAACCGCGGCCUCAACACUCGCCCAGUCUUCUUUGGCUGCGACGCUUCCAAUGCAACCAACGCACAGACGGCGGCGCACGGCCAGCCAGCUCCAAUCGUCGCCUACAUCCCCAACUACCCUUGGACCUCGCUCACCAACUUCUCGACCUUCCAGCUCAAGUACGAAGCCGCAGAGUCACAGGCAAUGCUCGACAACGGUGUAGAGCUCGCCACCCUGGGCGGCAGCAACGCCACCUGGUCGCAAUGUCUCGCCUGCGGAAUGCUGCAACGCUCCUUCGAGCGAUCGGGCGUCGCGAGACCUCAGGAGUGCAAUGACUGCAUGACAACGUACUGCUGGGAUGGUGUGGAAGAUAACUCGACGCCUGCCAACCCGUACUCACCGCCUGUGGGCAAGCCUCAGUGGGUGCAGAAUACGGCAGAGCAGCAGGCGGCGCCGUACACUGGGGGAGAUGGUAGCACGACGGCAAUGAAUGGGGAGGGCAAUGGAAGCAAUGCGGCGGGACGAACGAUGCCUGGCUCCGCGGGGAUGGCUGGCGCCCUGGCGCUCUUGACCUUUGCUCUGGCGGCGUACUAGCGUGCGAAGGAAUGGUGCUUCCCUCCCGACAAGACCAUAGACUUCGUCCACCCGCAUCUCCUACCGCACGCAACGCUCUUAUGUAUCAUAGCGCCCAGCACAAGCAUGCAAUACAGAGAUGAUGGGAAUG